CUUGAUGAGCAACAAUACGACAUAGAGAUUACUUGAGUCUUGAGUUGAAACUCGAAAGCAGAGGAGGGAGACCGUUACUCAUGGCGCACACAGGAACAGGCACAGCCAACACUCCAAUUCACAGGUCGAGUUCACGGCCACAACUGGAUCUUAGCAAAGCAGCGAUUCAAGGAAAUGUGGAAGACAGGGAUCCCACUAUUUUGUUACCUAACCAAUCUCAUGAUAUAUCUCAUUUGGCUCUUGACAUUGGAGGGUCUUUGAUAAAGUUGGUGUACUUUUCAAGACAUGAAGACCAUUCAACUAAUGAUAAAAGGAUGAGAAGGUUGAGAAGUUUGAAGGAUAAACUGGGAUUUCCCAAUGGUAACAGGAGAAGCUAUCCUAUUCUUGGUGGGAGGCUUCAUUUUGUCAAGUUUGAGACUAACAAGAUCAAUGAAUGCUUAGAUUUUAUCUAUUCAAAGAAUCUUCACCAUGGUAGGGAAUCAUCGAAUACCAUAAUUAAGGCUACUGGUGGUGGAGCAUUCAAAUAUGCUGAACUUUUUAAAGAGAAACUCGGGCUUAGCCUUGACAAAGAAGAUGAAAUGGCUUGUCUUGUAGCCGGAGCCAAUUUCUUGCUCAAGGCAAUUCGCCAUGAAGCUUUUACACACAUGGAGGGUCAGAAAGAGUUUGUUCAAAUUGAUUCUAAUGAGUUGUAUCCUUAUCUUCUAGUUAAUAUUGGAUCAGGUGUUAGUAUGAUCAAGGUUGAUGGGGAUGGCAAAUUUGAGAGGGUUAGUGGAACAAAUGUAGGUGGUGGUACUUACUGGGGCUUGGGAAGGCUGUUAACAAAGUGCAAGAGCUUUGAUGAGUUACUCGAGCUGAGUCAGAAAGGAGACAACAGAAACACAGAUAUGCUAGUUGGAGACAUUUAUGGGGGUAUGGACUAUUCUAAGAUUGGCCUAUCGGCUUCUACAAUUGCGUCAAGUUUUGGCAAGGCUACACUGGAAGGAAAGGAGCUUGAAGAUUACAGACCUGAAGAUAUAUCACUCGCUCUGCUACGGAUGAUUUCAUACAACAUUGGCCAGAUAUCUUACUUGACUGCACUGCAAUUUGGAUUGAAGCGUAUCUUUUUUGGAGGUUUUUUCACAAGGGGUCAUGCCUAUACCAUGGAUGCUAUUUCUUUUGCAAUACAUUUCUGGUCUAAAGGGGCUACACAAGCAAUGUUCUUGCGACAUGAAGGAUUUCUGGGAGCAUUAGGUGCAUUUAUGAGCUAUGAAAAGCAUGGUUUAGAUGACCUCAUGGUGCAUCAGUUAGUUGAAAGAUUCCCAAUGGGAGCUCCAUAUACAGGAGGCAAGAUUCAGGGCCCACCACAUAGGAAUUUGAAUGAGAAGAUUUCAUGGAUGGAGAAGUUUCUGCAGAAGGGGACUGAGAUUACUGCCCCUGUGCCAAUGGCUCCUCCUGGAACUACUGGGCUUGGGGGUUUUGAAGUUCCUUUGUCAAAAGGAAGUGCUCUACGACACGAUGCUAGUGCUCUAAAUGUUGGUGUUCUCCAUCUAGUACCAACCUUAGAGGUCUUUCCUUUAUUAGCAGACCCAAAAAUAUAUGAGCCUAAUACUAUUGAUCUCUCAGAUCACAGCGAAUUAGAAUAUUGGUUCAAGAUUUUGUCUGAUCACUUGCCAGAUCUUGUGGACAAGGCUGUCGCAAGUGAAGGUGGGACUGAUGAUGCCAAAAGAAGGGGCGAUGCUUUUGCUCGUGCAUUUUCUGCUCACCUGGUUAGGUUAAUGGAGGAGCCUGCUGCAUACGGGAAGUUAGGCUUGGCCAACCUAUUGGAAAUGAGGGAAGAGUGCUUGAGAGAAUUCCAUUUUGUCGAUGCCUACAUAAGCAUAAAGCAGAGGGAAAAUGAAGCUUCACUUGCUGUUUUACCUGAUUUGUUGAUGGAGCUUGAUAGUUUGGAUGAGGAAACUAGACUACUUACUUUAAUUGAAGGUGUUCUUGCUGCAAACAUUUUUGACUGGGGAUCUCGUGCAUGUGUGGAUCUCUAUCAUGAAGGAACUAUUAUUGAAAUUUACAGAAUGAGUCGCAAUAAAAUGCAGAGACCUUGGCGAGUGGACAAUUUUGAUGCCUUUAAAGAGAGAAUGUUGGGGACUGGGGACAAGAAACUUCCCCCACACAGAAGAGCUUUACUUUUUGUGGAUAAUGCAGGUGCUGACAUUGUUCUAGGGAUGCUUCCCUUGGCACGAGAGCUCCUCCGCCGUGGAACUGAAGUGGUUCUGGUAGCAAAUUCCCUUCCUGCUUUAAAUGAUGUGACUGCAAUGGAGCUUCCUGAUAUUGUUGCUGAGGCUGCCAAGCACUGUGACAUUCUUAGGCGAGCGGCUGAAUCGGGAGGCUUGCUUGUGGAUGCAAUGACCUAUACCUUAGAUAGUCCCAGACAAAAUUUGCCUUCGGUUCCCUUGAUGGUUGUUGAGAAUGGGUGUGGUAGUCCUUGUAUAGACUUAAGGCAGGUCAGCUCUGAGCUGGCUGCUGCUGCAAAAGGUGCAGAUCUGAUAAUUUUGGAAGGGAUGGGUAGAUCUCUUCAUACAAACCUCAAUGCUCGAUUUCAGUGUGAUGCUUUAAAGCUUGCAAUGGUGAAAAACCAGAGAUUGGCUGAAAAGUUAGUUAAAGGGAAUAUAUACGACUGUGUUUGCAAAUACGAGCCUGCAAAUUGAAAGCUCUGUGUACAAACUCAGAGCCAAAUAAUGCUAUCAUCAUGCAACUUCAAAGGGGACCUAAAAACUUCUGGGAGCAGAAUGCUGUGUUCAAAUUUUAGGAUACAUAUUUUUUUUUUGUCUCAUUGAGCAAUGUAUAUCUAUUGUGUAACUUGAUGGGAUUGGUAGAUGCGCGCGGGAAAUUCUUAGAUGGGAAUGUUUGCUGGAGGAAAUAUAAAAAUUUGCGUAGGUUAAAACUUAUUUUGCCGGCUUAUAAACUUUUUAAGAAUGUAUUUGGGUAAACAAUUUAAUUAA